CAAGAAGAAGUGCAAUAUUUAACAAACAAAAAGUUGAAUCAAAUAAACAAAAUGUGAGACGAAAUGUUGAAGCAGAGUCAAAGGCAAAAACGAAUUCAAAACAGUUGCCGCAGCUGCUGAGGUCCUGCAGCAGCAGCAGGACUCCUGCUGAAUAAAAAACAUAUUACAAACUUGCAACAGCGUUGCAAAGAGUGAGAGUGUGUGCUAAGCAAAAUAAAAUUAACAAAUAAUCAAGAACAAAAGGAACACAAAAACCAUUCACAACGGCGACCAUCACGAACUCCGCCCUUGCAAUGAGCCAAUUGGGCACGGUCUACGCGACCAAGCGAAGGCGACGCAACGGCAAAAGCCUGAAGCCCCCGCCCAAGGAUGGCGUCACUAAGAGCAAUCCAUCAAAACGGCAUCGAGAGCGCCUCAAUGCCGAGCUGGAUCUGCUUGCCUCGCUGCUGCCCUUCGAGCAGAACAUACUUAGCAAACUGGAUCGACUGAGCAUACUAAGGCUGUCCGUUAGUUAUUUAAGAACCAAAAGUUAUUUUCAAGUUGUUAUGCAUAAGGAUAAGGAGGAGAAUGGUGUCCUGCCGCACAUACAUGCUCACGAUGGCUACAGAACCCGCGAGCUGGGCGCCUUCGAGCAUGGCCUGCUGGAUGGUGAUAUGUUCCUGCAGGCUCUAAAUGGAUUUCUAAUGAUACUGACAUGCGAAGGCGAGGUUUUCUUUGCCACGCACAGCAUCGAGAGCUAUUUGGGUUUUCAUCAGUCGGACAUUGUGCAUCAGUCGGUUUACGAGUUAGUCCACUCGGAGGAUCGCGAGGAGCUACAGCGCCAGUUGCUGUGGAACAGCUUUCUGCCUGCGGACAUGUCCAGCAUGCAGCUGUCGGAGACACUGGCGCCGGACAAGGCGCUCUACUUGGAGCGCAGCUUCACUGUGCGCUUCCGCUGUCUUCUGGACAACACAUCCGGCUUCCUGCGCUUAGACAUACGCGGCCGCAUUAAGAUACUGCACGGCCAGAAUCGGAAGACGGAGGAACCGCCACUGGCAUUGUUCGCCUACUGCACACCCUUUGGACCGCCCAGCUUGCUGGAGAUACCGCACAAGGAAAACAUGUUCAAGUCCAAGCACAAGCUGGACUUUUCGCUUGUGUCCAUGGACCAACGCGGCAAGCACAUCCUGGGCUAUGCGGAUGCCGAGCUGGUGAACAUGGGUGGCUACGAUCUAGUCCACUACGAUGACUUGGCCUACGUGGCUAGCGCGCACCAAGAGCUGCUGAAGACCGGAGCCUCGGGCAUGAUCGCCUACCGCUACCAAAAGAAGGACGGCGAGUGGCAGUGGUUGCAGACCAGCUCACGUCUGGUGUACAAGAACUCCAAGCCGGACUUUGUGAUCUGCACGCAUCGCCAGCUAAUGGACGAGGAGGGCCAUGAUCUGCUUGGCAAGCGCACCAUGGACUUCAAAGUUAGCUAUCUGGACACCGGCCUGGCGUCGACAUAUUUCUCUGAGGCGGAUCAGCUGGUGGUGCCGCCUACCAGCGCCAGUGUCUCGCCCACGGCGCAUGCGCUGCCGCCGCCGGUCACGCCCACCCGGCCCAAUCGUCGCUAUAAGACGCAGUUGCGCGACUUCCUGUCCACGUGCCGCAGCCAACGCAAACUUCAGCAGCAGCAGCACCAGCAGCAGCAGCUGCAGGCACAGCAAUCGUCGCCCUUAGCUCAGGUGGGCUCACCAGCUCCGGCGGUUGUUGAAUACCUGCCCGAUCCAGCGGCUGCCGUUGCAGCUGCCUACUCCAAUCUGAACCCUAUGUACACCACAUCGCCGUAUGCCACCGCUGCGGAUAAUCUGUACAUGGGCAGCUCCAUGCCGGCCAAUGCCUUCUAUCCGGUCAGCGAGAAUCUCUUCCAUCAGUAUCGGCUGCAGGGCGCGGUUGGCGUCGGCGGCUACUACACGGAUUAUCCGCAUACGGGCGCGCCAGCCUCGGCGUAUGUUGCCAAUGGGUUCCUCUCGUACGACGGCUAUGCCAUUGCCUCCAAGGCGCAAGAUGACAAGUGGCAAGAGACAGGAAAGUACUACAGUGGCUACAGCAGCGGAUACGGUAGUCCCACGUCCACGCCACAGCAAAUACCCCUGAAGACGCCCAAGUCCUCGCCGCAGGUCAUGGAGGUUAUAUCCUGCUCCUCGGACGGGCCGUCGCCCGUGGGCGUUACCAAUGCCACGCCCAACGGCAGCAGCAUCACACCCAAAGUGGAGCUGUCUGCGACAACGGCAACUGCCGUCAGCCAGGAUCCCUACGAGCGUCAGACGGUGCUCAUGUGGGGCACGGCACAGUCCAGCGGCGUGCCGCUCAACAGCCGCAGUGCCGUCAAUGCCGGCGGCUCGCCUCAGCGCACCACGCCCCUAACCAAUGGACUAAGCUACGCACACAACAACAACAACAAUGAGCAUGAGCCCGUUGUGGCAGCCAAGUGGAAUGGCAACAAGGCUGAGCUGACGGGCAAAUCAACCAGCGACGG